UGUGGUGGUGGCAAUCGCUUCAAAGGGCGGUUUACGUUUGGGCUUGUGGGGUGGUGGACAGGUUGCGGGGCAGCCGCUGGUCAAACUUGGCACGUGUCAACCUUAGAGAGUUACAGUAAUGGGCUAAAUUGGGCCUCAAAACAAAAGAGCCCAACCGCAAACUGCUUCACAGGGCCGCUUCGUCCGUUUCAACAUCAGACCAGUGACAGUGUAAGGUGGGCACAUCUCUGCGUUCUUCUCGGAUUCAUAUAGCUUGGCUCCACGUGCAUCGGCUCGAGUUCCCAUGUCGUAGUAAUAAUAGUUAAGCUGAGAGAUCCGGCCCUCCACGGCUGAGCCCUCCUCUCCCCGCUCCACUUCCUGUGAGAAGAGUCUUGCAGUUGGACUUGCAGGGGCAAAGGGUUAAGCUCGGAAGAACGGAGGCCGACGGCGAUAGCCCUCUCUUUCUCCCUUGUCUUACUCAUUAAGAAGCUGAUCCAAGAGAGCGACGGCAACUGCGGAGGAGGAGGUGAGUAUGGGGGACAAGGCGGUGGUGGUAGGAGUUGUGGACGACAUUGGGGAGGGAAUGCAAUGCAUGGAUCACCCUUACCGUAGCAACACCGGUGGCGUGUGCGCCUUCUGCCUGCAGGAGAAGCUGGGCAAGCUGGUGUCCUCCUCCAAGUCCAGCCCCUUCUUCUCCCUCCAGCCUCCUCCUUUCUCCUCUUCCUCCUCCCCCACCUCCUUCAGCUCCGACGCCGGAGUCGUCGUUGGCGACGCUCUAGGGAUCGGCUCCGGCCACUCACGGACCGGUCCCGCCGGCGCUGGGCGUAGGACCAAGUUCUCCUUUCUGGCCGCCAGCCACAGAGAGAAGAAGAAGAAGAAGAACGGGUGCGCCGGCGGCGGCUAUGGGAGUGGCGGAAGGAAGGUGAUGGCCUCGAUCGCCACCACGACUAACGUUGCGGCUGAUACUGCCUCCGCGUGUGACGACACCGGCGUUGUUCUGAAGCGGAGCAAGUCUGUGGAACCGAGAAUGGCUGGAGGCCUGAUGCAGGGCGGUGGUGGCAGCGGUACUGCAGACGCCGUCGUGGCGGAUAGCCCUAGGAAAAAGAGCUUCUGGUCGUUCCUCUAUCUCUCAUCCGCCUCUUCCACCUACACUUCUUCGGCCGCUAACAACUGCGGUAACAGCGGCAACGUCUACAGAAGGAGAUCUACCUCCUCCUCAGUCGAGGGAGGUGGCAGAGACAUCACUAACAAGCAGCAGCAGCAGCAAACCAGUUCAGCAACAGCCGCCGCCAGGGAAGGUGGAAACAGCGGGGAGGAGGCGGAGAGCCCGAGCGGCAGCCAAGCAUCGUCCUCGCUGGGGAGGAAGGUGGCCAGGUCCAGAUCGGUAGGCUGCGGCAGCAGGAGCUUUUCGGGGGACUUCCUGGAGCGCAUUUCCACCGGCUUCGGCGACUGCACCCUCAGGAGAGCCGAGUCCCAUCGCGAGGCGAAGUCCAAGAUCGUCCUCCACCUGGACCAGCACCACAACAACGGGGAACAGCAGCAGCGGUCGGCGACGAAGGAGCGGGUCAAGUGCGGCGGCCUCUUCGGGGGGUUGGCGCUGACGUCGGCCGCGGCCGACGACGACUUCAAUAGCAACAGAAGGAUCUCGGCGGCCGCCGCCGCCGCGGCAGUGCACGGAAGCCGGACCAGGAGCUGGGUCUGGGCCUUCGCAAGCCCAAUGAGAGCCUUCAGGCCUUAUUCCUCCUCCUCCUCUAAACCCCUUCACGGCAUCAACAAAGCUUCUGCUGCGCCAGCAACCAACAUCAUCUCGUCCAUCAAUGCCAGCAACGACAUGUUUAACAAAGGGAACACCAAACUUCGCGGUAAUCCAUCGUCCCUUGCCAUCGAAAGCUAGUAAAGCUUCACAUGUCCCCUUCCUUCAUCACUAGAAUCUGCUCACCAGCCAUGUUAAUCAAUUUAUUCGGGUUCGUUUUAAGCUAAUAAUUACGUUCAAUUCGCAUGCAAAAAUGUUGUAGAAUUGUACCAUUUUAUCAUGGAAUAUGUACGUAGUGAUAUGAGGAGCCUCUUUCUCUGUUCUUUC